UUGGUCGGUUUGCAGGGAGGGGGCGGGGCUGUUGUGCGGCGAUGGAGGCGGUUGUGUGCGCUGAGCACGGCUCCCUCUGCCUUCUGAAGACCGGCACCCGCGAUGGCCCCAACAAGGGGAAGAGCUUUUACGUGUGCGGGACGCAGGCCCCGGCGCCGUGCGGCUUCGUCGUGCCGGCUGAGUGCGUGUGGGGACCGCGGGGCUGACGUUCCUCCUUCGUACUGUUUGGUCCAUGAGGGGUGCAUGGUGGAGCUGCAAAUCCUGGUUGAGCAGCAGCUCAGAGAUGAGUAUCAGUUGUUUUUCCGAUGCGUUAACAGUAAGUUGAAUGGGAAGAAAUGGUGUGGAAGUGUGCCAUGGCAGGAUUCAAAAGCUACCAAAGCAUUAGAAAAAUUAGAAUCGCAGCCAAAGGCGGCACCUGUCUUCAAUCCCAGUGGCCAAAGAAAUCCAUUCAAAGUGAUAGACAAGAAUUGUGAAGCAUCAUCCUGGAAAGAAAUUAAGCAAGGUGGUGGAGGGGAAAGGAAAGCAAAAGAAGUCAAAGCGGAGAAGGAUAAUGUGGUAGAGUCACAUAAAGUAAAGAAGUCCACCUCUGGGUCCUCCACAGAGAAGGAACAUUUAGAAGGGCUGAAAACUGAAAAGAAACAACCCAAGGGUGGUCCAGAACUUAAGGAAAGCACAGUAUCUGAGUCUAAACUUUGUCCUUCUGAGAUUUGGAAAGGGAAAAACACCCAUGAGGAUAAAGAGAAGGAUGGAGGAAGUGGCAGGGAAUCCAAGAAAUCUGAAUGUGUGGCGAAAGAGACAGGUGGCAAAUCUGAACUACCCCCAGUCAGUUCUGAAAAGCAGAGUAGAAGUAGCAAGUCUCCAGAGAACGAGCAGCACAGGGAUAAAAGCUUAGAAAACUCUGGUGAUAGAAAAAACAGAGAGAAAGAAUGCACUGGUGGGAAGAACGGAGAGAUGAAACCAAUGCCUAAAGAAAACACGACUUCCACAAUGGUACCACAAGCAGCAUCACUGUGUGCUCUCCCAAAGCAAGGAGCAGCGGCAGCACCAUUCAAGACACAAGUCAGGCCAAGUGUGGAACAGCCCGCUGAUGAAGUUUCUGACAGUGACGGUGAUGAAGUUGUACUUGUUGAUUCCUCAUCGGAUGAAGGUGAACCUGAGAAAUCAGUUGAGGGUUUGCAGCCAAGCGUGGCUUCUGCGGGAGCAUCAGGGAAGAGUACCCAGGAGAUGUCUUUGCUGGGAGCUGCAGCAUCACUUCACAUGGAAGGACCACAAGACCCUAAGGCUCUUUGUAACCAUCUGGAAAUCCAGCUGAGGCAGAAGAAGAGUACCUUGGCUACGGUGAACAUUCAGAUGCUGCCAGAUAAAGGGCAACGGUUACUAAAGCAAGUGCAGGAUUUGGAAGCUGCACUCAGUGCUCUUAACAUUUCAACGACAGAUACUACAGAAAAAGGGGAGAACAGUGCAAGUAGUGGCUGUCGUGAGGAACCUUUGCCUAACUCGUUCAGCAGACCAGGUGGUACGAAGCUGAUACCAGCACUGCCUCUUGGGGAUCAUAAGGCAGCAACCUCUUUAAGCUCACACAGUCACCCCUCUGCUGCGGCCUUGGGUUCCAGUCAAUAUUUUGGCCAUAGUUUUGGAAUGAACUAUGGUGUGCAGAAUCUGUACGGAGGAAGAAUGACGGAAAACCGAAUUAGGGCCGUGCUUAGUGCAACAAAUGAUGCUAUUAAUCAUCUUCACAAAUCUCUGGAAUCCUGUCCAACAGAACAGACGGUAGCUGAGGAUCCCUCCGGUUUGAAAGUUCCAUUGCUGCUGCACCAGAGGCAAGCACUUGCAUGGCUGCUUUGGAGAGAGAGUCAAAGGCCAUGUGGAGGAAUUCUGGCGGAUGACAUGGGCCUGGGGAAGACUCUAACGAUGAUUGCACUAAUUCUGACCCACAAGCAGGUGAAGGCAGAGAAGGAAAGCAAGAAGUUAGAAAUGUGGCUGUCCAGAAACGAUUCUACUGUUAUCCCUUCAUGCGGCACUUUGAUCGUUUGUCCUGCAUCCUUGAUCCAUCACUGGAAGAAAGAGAUUGACAAACGUGUGGCCUUUGGAAAACUGAGGGUCUACUUGUACCAUGGGCCAAACAGAGAUAAACACGCAGAGGUGCUCUCUGAAUAUGAUGUUGUUGUCACAACCUACAGCCUUCUCUCUAAGGAGGUUCCCACGAGCAAAGAUGAGGGGGAUUUCCCUGCUAAGGACCAUGAAGUGGGGAGCGGGUCAUCUCCCUGUUCCCCUCUGCUCAGAGUAGCUUGGGCUCGAGUUAUAUUGGAUGAAGCUCACACUAUUAAAAAUCCAAAGGUUCAAACCUCCAUCGCUGUGUGCAAGCUGAGAGCCAGUGCCAGAUGGGCUGUCACUGGGACACCAAUACAGAACAACUUAUUGGACAUGUACUCUCUUCUGAGGUUCCUACGUUGCUCUCCUUUUGAUGAGUACAAGGUGUGGAAAUACCAGGUAGACAACAACACUAGGAAGGGAGGAGAUAGGCUAAGCCUUUUAACUAGGAGCCUCUUAUUACGGAGAACUAAGGACCAGCUGGAUUCAACUGGAAAGCCCUUGGUAUCUCUGCCACAGCGUAGCAUGCAGUUGCAUCAGUUAAAACUUUCAGCAGAGGAGCAGUCCGUAUACAAUGUGAUCUUUGCAAGAUCCAGGUCAACGCUACAGUCCUACCUAAAGCGGCAAGAGCAGAAAAACGAAGGCAAAGAGCUUGCUGGGAAUAACCCAUUUGAGAGAGUUGCACAAGAUUUUGGCUGCAGUCAGAAGGAAUUCCCAGCAAGCUCUCAAAGUGCUUCCCAAGUCUCAAGUACUGCCCACGUCUUGUCUAUGCUGUUGAGGCUCCGUCAGUGCUGCUGCCAUCUCUCCUUACUGAAAGUGGCUCUGGACCAAGUUAAUUUGACCAGUGAAGGCCUUUCUCUCUCCAUUGAGGAACAACUUAGUGCUUUGACCUUGUCUGAACUCCAGACUCCUGAUUCCAAGUCAACAGUCUACCUCAAUGGCACAGCUUUUAAAACAGAUCUCUUUGAAAUCACCAAGGAAAGCACCAAGGUAUCUCACCUCUUAGCUGAACUGAAAACUAUUCAGAGUCACUCAGAGUCACAGAAAAGUGUUGUUGUGUCUCAGUGGACAAGCAUGCUGAAAGUUGUGGCUGUGCACCUCCAGAGACUAGGGCUGAAGUAUUCAAUGCUGGAUGGCUCUGUUAAUCCUAAACAGAGAAUGGAUGUGGUAGAAGAGUUCAAUAACAAUCCCAAAGGGCCUCAGGUAAUGUUGGUCUCUUUGCUGGCUGGAGGCGUUGGCCUGAACUUGACUGGAGGAAACCACCUGUUUCUCCUUGACAUGCACUGGAAUCCUGCACUUGAGGAACAGGCCUGCGACCGCAUUUACCGUGUUGGGCAGAGGAAGGAUGUUGUGAUACACAGGUUUGUCUGUGAAGGAACGGUAGAAGAAAAGAUCGUACAACUCCAGACCAGGAAGAAAGGUCUCGCCCAACAGGUGCUGGCAGGCAAAGGGGAAACCUCAAAGCUCACUCUGGCUGACCUCAAAAAUCUCUUUGGCAUCUAAUUGUCCUUUGCAAUACAAGUGGAAAGUGAUAUUAUACCUUAAGGUAACUGAGCAGACAGGACUGCUGUUGUAAGGCAGUUGUUUCUCUUAAACAAUUAACUACAGUUUUGUAAUUGUUCUGGAAAAGGUUACCAACUUUAAUAACGUAGUACAAAAAUGAGAUUGUGUAUCCAAAAGUUAAUAAAAUCGUUAUAAGUUAAGCUAUUUUAAAACACUUUUAGGAAAAUAUUAAAAGCGAACGUUUGGUUUUUUUUCUUGGA